AUGCCACCAGAACCCUCAGGCCUAAACAGGAGAAUGAGUAGGGUCCUCAGUCAACACCUGACCGCAAGAGUGCAGUCCAUUGCGGAAAAUUCCAUUAGCCAUGAAAUGAUCAAAAGAAACGUCUCAGCUGUGGAUCAAAAGAAACGUUUCAGCUGUGGAAAACUUCCAGUGCCUAGCUGCCAUGCUACCCGAAGGAAGCACGAGGGCUGGGAUACUGCCAGGUUGCCCAAGCCUAGACAGGGAAAGUCGAGAGGGAGAGGUCAAUAA